AUGGCCCAUGGCAGACCGUACGGAGUAGACAUAAAGUAUCUAAGGUACUCUAUGAGGUCAUGCUCGCUCCUCGCUCGGGAAGACCCGUCUGGACCCUUGGCGGCAGGAUCCAGUGAUCGCGGACGCGGACGGACGGACGGGCCGGCACGGACUGGAGCUGAGAUUAGUGCGACCUGCCCACUGCGGCGCUGCCGCUGCCAGGACCCAGCGGUCCCAGCCUGGGCAGCCCGGCAGUGGGCACUGGGCACUGGCACAGUGGCACAGUGGCACGGAUCCGGGCUUGGCCACAGUAAUAAUAUAACAGUGCUGGAGUCCUGGACCAGGACUGAGAGGCAGUGCAGUAGCACGAGUCCUGCCCUGCUGGACUAUACUAUACGGAGCACUAUGCCUUUAAGGAUGCUAGAAUCAACUUCAUAA